AAGCGAUGGGGAGCCGCGUGGUGGAGCUGAGCGGGUCCAACUGGAGCCUCCUGCUGCAGGGCCAGUGGAUGGUGGAAUUCUAUGCCCCAUGGUGUCCUGUCUGUCAGCAAAUGGAAUUAGCGUGGGAAACUUUUGCAAGAAAUAGCAAGGAACUUGAACUCAGUGUGGGCAAGGUUGAUGUCACUCAAGAACCAGGUGUAAGUGGCCGUUUCUUAGUCACUACUCUUCCCACUAUUUACCAUGCAAAGGAUGGAGCUUUUCGCAGAUAUCGUGGCUCGAGGACUUUGGAGGAUCUUGAGAGUUAUAUCCUGGAGAGGAAAUGGGAAAGUGUAGAACCUGUGGCAGGAUGGAAGUCUCCCUCAUCUCUCAUGAUGUAUGGAAUGGCAGGACUCUUCCAUUUAUCUGGAUGGAUCAGACAAAUCCACAACUAUUUUACUGGCACUCUUGGAAUUCAUAUUUGGGUUUCUUAUGCCAUCUUCAUAUUAGCCACCCUUCUGAUUGGUCUUAUCUUGGCUUUGAUACUUAUUUUGCUUAUGGACUGCUUGUGUCCAGCUAAGUCCAAAGAAGAAAGUUUUGAUUCCGUAGAUCCUGAUGAGAAUAAAAUAGAAGAUCAACAGCAAAUGUUGGAGCUUUCAGCGGGGGACAAAAUUCCAGAAAAGGGUUUGUCUGUUGACAAUGAAGAUGAAGAAGAGGGAGAAGAUGAGUCUCAGCCAAAUUCCUCAGAUGAUUCAGCAGUUGAAGGAUGUGAGGGAGAAAAUGAUUUAGAGCCCUUUGAGUCUGACAAGUUAGAGGAGACAUCCUUAAGACAACGUAAAAAUCAGAUGGACCCUGAGCUAUAGUGAAAGUAACUGAGUGUAUACUUUUAAGUGGACCAAAGAAGAUGGCAGCUGAAGCCAAAUAUUUGACUUACAAGCUAUUGCAGCUAAAUCUGGGCUGACUGCUAGAAAGCAACUGUUUUUAUUU